UCGACCAGGUGAGGAUAGACGGAAUGAGCGCCUCGUGACUUGAUACCGUGUCUCUUUGUAUGUGAAGUGUACAAUGUGCUUAAGACCUGCAGUGAGAGCGAGUGCAGGGCAUACACCAGGACUGAGCGUGUGGUGACCAUGAGUACUAUAGCUAAGUUACUAUGGGUGAUGUGUGUGGUGGUGGUGGUGGUCUUCAGGACUCAAGUUUUGGCAGAGUCUCCAACGCCGUCGCUGAUGGCGCCUCGAGAGCCAGACAGCAGGACAGCGGAGGACAGCGGAAAGAGAUUAGAGGCGAUGGGCGACUCAGUAGAAGACGCGCUUACCACUGAAGCAGAGAACAGCGAUGCAGCAACAACGUGGCUAAUGGAUGGAGAAGUCUCGCCACUGCCCAUCACCGAACAUAAUGACGAGGGCAUCACCGCCCCGUCCACCAUUGCUGCAGCAAACGGCGAGGAGGAGGUGACUUCCAUACAAACCAUGGAAGAUCUCGCAACCAUCCUCACUCAGCCUCUGCAGGACGAGCUGAAGAGGGUGCAGGUGACAAAUCCCACCAAUGACAAGGAAGAAGAGGAGGAGAUCGAAGAAAAUGUAGUAGUGGUAGAGACUAUAAUGAACACAGCUCCUCUCUCUCUACAAACCAGCCGCCGCUUACCCCGCACUGUGUCUGCUGAUUUCGAGGCCUCACCCGCACACUAUAAUGAAGUGGACGCCACCGAGCAGCCCCGAGGCUUCCUCUCUGCUGCUCCCACGCUUACCACGUUCAUGUCGGUGGCGUCGCGGCGACCGGUGGAGCAUCGGAGAAGCGACUCUAGUCCGGGCAUUGACGACAUCAUCCAGGGCAUCGUGGAUCUGCUGGGCGGCAACGUCAAAGUGACGGCCGCUGAGGACCCCAACACACGCCUUACCACCUUCGGGGGCGGGGUGUAUACCAGUACCCGCAUCAAUAACCGCGGCCCGCCCAGAUUUACUCAUCUCCCCUUCGAAAUAUUGUCUUCCGUUUUGCCCACGCGGCUUCCCAUCAGGCCGCCCGUCACGCCCCCGUCUGCCACACACCCAGGGCGCCCUCAUUUCGUGGCCAACACACGGCCUCCCUUCCUGGCACCCCUUCCACCCUCGCUGGCUACCCGGGCGUCCCCUGUGGUGCCCAAGCCGUUUGCAACCGGCAUCCAGCUUCCCGUGGAUCUUUUACCCCCUGCCCCAAUCUCUGACCUUCCCCCAGAGGUCAUUACCACCUCCCCAGUUAACAGUGUUCCUGAGGAUACUGCCCCCGCUGCUGUGUCUUCCACUACUCCCACUUCUCUACCCUCGCCCACUUCUCAACUCACGAUCACAUCUACCUCAUCUUUGUCCACACUGAUUUCACAGUUCUCAGAAUCAUCCACACUACCACCACCCUCGCUAUCCCUCACGCCCACCACCACAUCCCUCACUUCACCAUCUUCCACACCUUCAACCACAAGUACGACUUCGGAAUCCGCACCAGCCUCGUCUCUCUCUACGACUCCUUCCUCUCGCCCCACGACAGCUGACUUCAGUGAGGAGUCGGGCGGCAAGGUGACGGAGGCCGUCAGUCCUCAAGGCAAUAAUGCGGAUGAUUCCUCAACACCAGCAUCAGAUACACUGACGACCUCUCAAGCGUCAGGCAGUACAAGCAAUCCCCAGGAGGCAGCCCCACCGCGCAAGCCCUCUCCCGCCCCCACCAUGCUGGAGGCCUCCAUGCUGGAGUCCUCCGCCACCACUGUCACCUCCUUCACCGAUACCUCGUUGCCUUCUCCCACCACCUCCACGCAGGCUUCCUUGCCUUCUCUUACCAUCUCCACCACCACCGUCACUACUACUGACGCCGGCCCAGGCCCUCCACCACAGGCCACGCCUCCACUGGUGCCCCCCAGCAGACCUCAGCCGCCAGUGGUGGGUAUUUUUGCUCCCCGGCCGGGCAUGGUGCUUGAUGACCACCAGUACCGGCCUGGCCAGGUCAUCACGGGUUCCGGCGUGCCCAACGUCAUGCCUGCCGCUGGGGACGUCUUCGAUGUGACGGUGUCUGCCCACCAUGGAUACGGGAGCUCACCCAAUGCUUAUCGCCCACCCUACGGCCCACCUCAGCCCCAGGCUCUGCCUGCAGGAGGUCUUCUUGUCAAUCCCGCUGCUGGACCCGACAAUUUUGUGUCCAUCGACGGCAGAAAAACUUACUUCGAUCUGUUCCCGGCCGCUACUCAGCUUCAGCAGCAACAACAACCGCAGCAACAGACUGUCGGAUUAGGAGUGGGAGUGGUGAUUCCAGAAGAGGCCCUACCUCAGCCUUAUCCGACUCCUCCAUCCCGCCCUACGCCUCCACGACCUGCACCACCACCAUCACCUCCUCGCCCACAGCCAACUCCCGCUACGCCACCUCCUAGGAAGUACUUCACGAGGAGACCAACCCAGCCCUCUAUUAGGAUCGACACUUGUAUCGUCGGGGAUGACUCCACAUGCCAGGAGAAUCUAGGGGAAGUGUGUCGCACGGAGGAGGAAGUGUCCAGCUGUUACUGCAAGCCUGGCACGGCACGGCGCAGACCACGAACUCCUUGCAAAAGAAUGGUGUCCCUGCAAGUGUCCCUCAAGGUAGACCGCGUGGGGCCUCAGCGCAUUGUGUGGACUAGUAAUUAUGCUAAUCCAGCCGCUGACGAGUACCGCCUGCUUCAGUGGGAGGCGCAGCACGCGAUCUCCAAGGCCAUAUCCAAGACUCGGCUGGGGACAGCAUAUCUGAGCAAUGCUGUCAACAGUUUCUACUCGCUUGGAGGGAAAGUCAUUGUCAAUGCAACAGUGAAUCUUGAGGAUCAGCCAGCCACCAGGACCAGAGCUGUGCUUCAGGCCCUCCAACGGCAGAUGAUUCAAGUCAUUCAAAGCCACGCUAACAACAUUGGAGACUCACCCCUAGGUGUGGAUGGCACCCUCAACCCCAUUCCUGACGUCUCAGACAUUAAUGAAUGUAAUGAGGCCACCUUGUAUGAUUGCCACUCCUCGGCCACCUGUAUCAACAAGUUUGGAACUUUCACCUGCCGCUGCCUACCUGGAUACACUGACAGAUUUACUGAUGACCCUGAGCUGGUGGGACGCCGCUGUGAGUCCUGUUCUUCUGAUUACUGCAACAAGCGUGGCAAGUGUUCAAUAAAGGAUGGACAAAAAGUGUGCCAGUGCCGAGGUUCCUACUACGGCAACCAGUGUGAGAUAGACGGGGAGGUGCUUGGAGUGGCAGUGGGAGCAUCAGUGGCUGCCAUCCUCAUCAUCAUCCUCACCCUCAUAUUCCUCUGCAUGUGGAGUCGACGUUGGAAAGCACAAGAUCGCAAGACAGAGGUCCUUGCCCGAGGCGUGGCAGCAGCAGGGACAGGGCUGGGUGGCUUCACUGUCAAUGUGCAGCACAAAGGUGGUGGCACGAUGGGUGGGCAGUACGGUGUCACCCUGGAGGACAGGAUGCGUUGGGCUCAGUUGGCAGAUACACUUUCUCAUCACAACAUCUACACUGAUGGGCGUAUGGGUGGUGAGGGUGGACCUAGCCUCUACACUGCCUCCAGUAGUGAUUACCUCACCGCAUCCCACCUUCACUCCCGCCCAUUCUCUGCCCUCAACCGUGUCACCCGCGCUCUCUCAAAUUCCACUCUGGGGGCUGUGGGCGGGAAUGGGCUGGUGGGGCGUCUCCAGAAGGUGUUUGGCCGAGCCCGCACCACCAGAACCCAACAUGGGAAGCGGCACAAAAACCAGCAGCCCACCACCCUCACUCUGCAGCAGCUGAUGGCACUCCACGCCCAGCUUUCUGUUCCUCCUGACCAGAUGCAGGCAGGUGGUACCCUUGCUGCUCAGUCCACUGCUGGCCACAGCACCUCACAAAUCUUCCAGCACCAGCACACUAGACAGAUGGCUGGCCAGUCCUCAGGAUACCCAUCACUAGGUACCAUUGGCUCCAGCACCUCCACAAACCCCCAGCAGUUUGGCUUGCAGCAUCUUAAUCCCAUGGCUCAUCUCAACUCCCUUGCCCACCAGCAGCAGCAGCAGCAAAACUACAGUAAACAAAAGGCAUAUGGAUCUCAGUCAACCUAUGGACAGUUUGGCCCCUCGUCACUGAACACCAUGUCCCACGAUGGUGUGUCCCGAGCCCCGACUCUUGGAGCAAGGACUCCAGUGCCAUUAGUGGAUGUUGGGGGAGCAACAACACUUGGCCCCAUGGGUGGAGGUAGUGUAGCUCACACAGGGCUUGAAGGAGCUGAGAAUGAAAUGGACCGGCCAUAUCACUUACCUCGCCCCAAGUCCCGCGUCUCCCUUGGGGACUCCAGUGACAUUUAUUAUGAGCCGGACGACCUCCAGACCUCCACCUCGCCCCGUGGUCCCCCCACCAGACCCCCUCCCCCACUCCCCAGGACCAUGCAUCCACAGACCUACAACUACCCAUUCUUCCACUGACUGUCUCUCAUGCUCAUUACUUUGUAAUUGAAGGCUUAUUCAACACUGAUAUUAACAGGGCUUAAGAAACAGAUCCAAUUCCUCAUAUCAAAAGUUGCUGUAGAUGAAAAUAUGUACUAAAUCCAUUAGUUAUCUUAUUUCACUUGCAUGCAUGAAGCUUAUUCAUUGAAUUCAUGAUUAGAGAAAAAAAAACUUCAUGUGUUGCAUUACACUGUUUACAGAAACAUACACAAUUGGUUUCAAUAAACUUGGAGCACCACAUGAUCUUGCUGUUGAUACAGACAUGAAUACCACAAAAUAUAUACUGACAUUUACCACAUCUUACAUAUCAUUCUUCUUUUGUCUGUCUGCAUGUAUGUAUGUAUGAAUGUGUCCCUCACUAGCAGUUUUAUCAUGUAACUAUUGUCACCACUUCUGACUCACAGCAUAUAGUGAUUGCUACUGGUCACUACACAGGUUUAUUUGCUGCUGAAUUAUCCUCUAUACUGCUUAUUAGUCAAGAUUGUCAGCUAUCUCAGAAACACUGCAAGACUUUUUUCCAACAAAAACUAUUAUUUAGCAGUUGGCUAUUGUGUUACCACAUUGACAUUGUCAAUACAGCAUUGGCAUAACCCUAUGUCACUUUAUCAUGAUCACAUAGUUUGAGUUGAUAUAUUGAUGAGAGAGUGCAUGAUACAAUUAGGAAUGGCUACAUUUAUUUGAACAUCCUUUCUCACUCAAGUCUGAGACAUGAAACAGUGAAUUACAAGAAAUCCAGGAGUAUUCUGCAUAUUGUUGAGGGUGACUGUAAGGGAAAAAAGAAGGAAGCACAUAGGAGUUCAUGUAUUCCUUUUUAUUUAUUUAUUUUCAUAUAUUUUUUAUUUAUUUAUUUAUUAUUAUUAUUAUUUUUUUUUUUUUUUGCUUAGCCUCUAUUUUGAAUUCCACCUUGCAUUUGCAGGGUAAGAAAGUUGGGAAGAAAAUACAUUUAAAUUGUUUACUUAGCCUGUAUUUUAAACAAGUUGAGAGAGUACCGUAUUUAUACUGGAGAUAUUUUAGAUUUCAGUGUGUGGAAUUGUUCCUGUUUAUCUUUCAUAAAUUGGCUGUUUUCAUAUUUUUGUUGAUAAAAAACCAGUCAAUGUAUGCAAGGUGGGUUCGGAUUCUUGAUCUACAAUAUUUAUCGUAAUUUUCCUAAAAAAACAGUCGUGUGCAAGGUGGGUUCGAAUUCUUGAUCUACAAUAUUUAUUGUAAUUUUCCUAAAAACAGUCGUGUGCAAGGUGGGUUCGGAUUCCUGAUCUACAAUACUUAUCAUAAUCUUUCUGGAAGCAUUGCCAAGGUUGUAUUGAUAAUUGUUCUCAUAUUAGAUACAACUCUGAAAUACAAUGAAUUAAGAUGGGUUUUCUUUUAGUUGAGAGUUUUCCAUUAAGAUACACCAGCAGCAAGAAUUGACAUUCACUGUUAGGUUCUCAUGAAAGAGGCUCAGCCGCUGUACAAGCUUCGUUCAUAACCUAAGUGAGAAAAUAUAUUUUUUGUGACUAUAUUUUUUGUAAUAUGUACAUGUAGUAUUAUAUGUAAAUAUUUUUUAUGAAUUUGUUAAUAUGUAUUAGUUCCUUUGUAUGUUGUCAUUUUUAUCCUGUAUUACUUUCACUAUAAUAAUUUUUCUUGGUGCUAAGAUGGAUAUUUCAUUUAUUUUAUUAUCUUUGUAUUUUAUUUUUUUUUUUUUGUGUGUGUGUGCUUGGCUAUCUCAAAACAUGAUUUGUAGAUGUGCACAGAUACCUCUGAUUUCAUCAGCCAUGAACACCCUACUACGUAUUUCAAAAUUAACAUGCCAAUUAAUGUGUGAAUGUAUUUACUGAAGAAGCAAAGGAGGUGACAUCACUACAGCACUGUGUCACUCCACCUGGACUUGACCUAGUAUUUUUUUUUUUUUUUAAGCUAGAUGAAGCCAAUGAUAUUUUUGCAUUAGAGGGAAUAGCCACUCUCAAGGCCACAGUGUUGCCUGAGAGGCCACAUGUAUAGUGUAUAUAUGUCAUGUUGUCCUGUCUUGAUAUCCAAACAGGUAAUGCCUGUUGGUCUGACUCAUUACAAUGGUUCACAAGAUGUAUAGUCUAUUUAUCCACUCUUGAAAAUAAAACCAAAUCUCUUAUGUAA